GCAACAUCUUUCUAGAAAGCUACUUUACCACACACACGAGUGCGGAUCUGGGUCCAGUUCAGGCUGCUCGGUUCGCUUUGGAAAUUGUAAAUUAAUUUGGCAAGCAAGACGUAAUUCAGCGAGUACUUGUACUUGAAAAUAGACCCGGCCAUGGACCUCACUGAGCAGAUCGCAGGGCUCGAGAGCGACUUGAAGGAAGUCGCGCGCCUCCUGGCGACGUGCGAACGGAGUCGCGUGAAGGACGCCCUGUCCCAGGAGCAGAAACGGCUCGAGACGGAGCUCGCGCAGAGACGUCUGCAGAGGGAACAGCGAGCAAAGAAAGACUCGGGAGACAAAGCAGACGCCGCGCUCAAGGGCUACACGGUCAAGAUCAACAACUAUGGUUGGGAUCAGUCGGAAACGUUUAUAAAAAUCUACAUCACGCUGAAAGGAGUGCAUAAAAUCCCGGCUGAAAAUGUGGAGGCCAAAUUUACAGAGAGGUCCUUUAGUGUGCUUGUUAAAGAUUUGGAUGGCAAAAACCACCAGAUGACUGUAAACAACCUCUUGUGUCCUAUCGUAGUUGAGGACAGCAGCAGGAAGGUAAAAACAGACAUGGUGCUCGUCAUGUGCAAGAAGAAGACCGCAAAGAAAUGGGAGUGUUUGACACAGGUGGAGAAACAGACCAAGGAGAAAGACAAACCCAGCUUUGAUGAGAAUGCAGAUCCAGGAGAAGGACUGAUGAGCAUGCUCAAGAAGAUCUACUCAGAGGGCGACGACGACAUGAAGCGCACCAUCAACAAAGCCUGGGCCGAAUCACAGGAGAAGAAAGCCAAAGAGGAUGGCUUCGACUUUUGAGUCUGGCCCCGCCCCAUCUGCUUCUGGCUCCGCCCUAUUUGCCAUCAACGCCCUAUCAGCUCUAUCUGACUGACUCCCGUGAAACCUGACGCUGUAAUUCCUCGGCUACGUGUCAUUUCUGUGCAUUACUUUGCUUUUUCUUUUUAAUUUUAUGUGGUUUCAUUUACAUUCAUUCCACGCGAGAGUACUUAUUGAAAUUUGAAGUUGUUGUACGUAUCUGAAGUUAUUCCACCAACAGCAGAAACCUGCAUCUGCUUCAUAAAAGCUAAAACAUUUAAUGGAAAAACAUUGAGGUUUUCCAGACAGUGUACACCAUGAAUGGGGGGAAAAAAUAAUACGACCAAGA